AUGCAAAAAAAUAUAGUUGGAAAGUUAGUUUUCAAAAAGAAAAAAAUGCGGCUCAGUGUUUUUGUUUUUUUUUUUUGCGUCUCUUCAGAUAAAUACUUUAAACGUGUUUGAUUCUUUAUUGUUUUAAGAAACUUCAUCUUUUGUCGUUGCUUGUCGUUGGUCAUUUCUCGUUUUCCAGCAGAUUUUGACACUAUAUUUCAGAACAAAAUGGUUACCGCCGCCGAGCCGAAGUCUGAACUUUCGAAGACGGUUGAAGAGAAGAAGAAAGAUGCCAAAGGAGAAAAGAAAGAAGAAAUGGUAUUAUAAUACUUGUAUUGGAAAAUUUUAAUUGCAUUCUUAUUUCAGAGCGAAGAGGACAAGAAGCUAGAGGAAGAUUUGAACCUUCUCGUUCAGCGUCUAUCCGUAACUUACUUCGGAAUUUUUCGAACUAAAAAAUUUUUAAGGAACCGGACAGUUCUUUGUAUCGAGCCGCUUUGGAAACGCUUCGAACUUUGAUUCGCGCCUCUACGACUUCAAUGACUUCAGUUCCUAAGCCGCUGAAAUUUAUGCGUCCGCACUACGCAAAAAUGAAGCAAAUUUACGAGAAAAUUCCUUCUGGGGAAGUCAAAGUAAAAUAUAUCUUGUUUUUUUGGAAAAAAAAAGAGAAAUAUUUUUUCAGCAAUUGUGUGCCGACAUCAUUUCAGUUUUGGCGAUGACGUCGGACGAAAGAACCGACACCAUUAACUACAGAAUCUUGGUGAAAAAACUUAUAGUUUUUUCUUAAACGUAGAAAUUCUCAUUUUUAAGGGAACCAAUGAGCCGAUUGGUAACUGGGGACAUGAAUAUGUGCGCCAUUUGGCGAUGGAAUUGUCCGAGGAAUGGAAAAAAAUUAUUGAAACACCUGAAAAUGACAAAAGGUGAAUAUUUUGGGGAGAUUUAAUUAUUUGAGAUGGAGAAGUUUGUUCGGAAGUCCUUGCUAUGGCUCUUAAAAGACAAUUUUUCACAACUUUUUAGUGUUUUUUUCAACUUUUGUGAGGCUUAUGGUUUUUUAUCGACUUUAACAAGGGUUUUCGAACAAAAUUUGAAUACGGAAAUCAAUUCCUAAGAUAAAUCUUUGUGAAGAAAAUGAUUAAAUUUAUCAAAAUUGAUUUCCGUGAUUCAAACAUGUCCUACCAUCGUUAAUAUUUAAUUUUUGCCGCCCCGCUACAAUUUUUGGUUAUCCUAUAUAAGCAUUGCAAAUGGCUGUUGUGGUUGUCUCAAACUAACCGGUGGGAUUUUCGUCCAUUUUUGAUUUCGCUUGGCUCAGUUGUCACGCUUUUUUCAUUUCACACGGUUUUUUUUUGGUUCGAAAAUCUCCACGCUUCUCUCCGCUCUAACCAACGCCCCGGAAAUUUGAAAUGUUUAAUACGAUACCCAAUCUUUUUGGCAGGAGGCCCCUCACUAGAAUACUUCACUCUUUCAGGCGCUUGGAUUUGUUGAACUUGACUCGAUUGAUUGUCGCCCACCACGUCAAGCACAAUGCUGAGGUGAUUUUUGAGAGAGAGAAAACCGAGAAAUCGAUUUCAAAAGGCUAUUUAUUCAAGAUAAUGAGCAGUGGGGAUGAGAAAUACUUAUAAAAGAAAAAUUGGGAUUAUAGUUUUUACAAAAAAAGGUUUUCAAAAAAAGAUUCUUGUUCAAAAAAAUGAACAUAAUCAUUCAAAAAAAGAAAAAAACCGAAAGUCCAAACUUCCAUUGAAAGUUGUUAUUUUAUUUAAAAAAACUUCAAAUUUUACAGGUGUCUAGUAGAUUUUUUUGGAACUGGCGCUAGAAGAAAAAAAGAAGAGUUUGAAUAUUUGAAGUCUGUCCGAAACGAUUUUUUUAAUCAUAACUUUCAAAAAGAACUACAAAAAUUUUUAGUGGCAAUCAGCUUUAUUUUUGAAAAAAAUUUUUCCAUUGUCAAAUAGGAAAAUGUAACUUAAAAUUUGGUUUUCCUGCGGUUUUUGUUCAUAUCACCACCCUGAUUUUCAGGUCGAAGCUUGCGAUGUUCUUAUUGAAAUUGAGCGUCUUGAUAUUUUGAAAGAAUAUGUUCAAGAAGUCGAUCACCAGCGUGUUUGCCUCUAUUUGAUGAGGUUGGUUUCUAGAUUUUUUAUAUGAAAAGUUGUAAUAAUCCGCAUUUUGAUUGUUUUGUAAUUUUUUUCAAAGUUUUACCCUUACAUGAGCUUUUUUUGAAGGAAAAAACAUUUUCUCGAGAAAUCUUAAAUCAAAGUCAAACUUUUAGUUAAAGCUUAUAUUAUAUUUGUAAAAAAAUUGAAAUUGAUUUUUUUAUCCUUUUUUUCGAAAAAUUCGGCCUUUUCUCCUGGAAAUAUGAAGUUUUUUUCAGUUUGCUUAUAAUAGUUCCGCAGAGGGACUAUCGAUAAUCAAAAUUUUGAUUUAUUUCCUUACUUUGAAACGUACAUCGCUUAGGAAUUUUUUUCAUUCAUUUCUUCUCGAUUUUUUUCCUAAAAUGAUUUUUACUUUCAGCUGCGCCCCACUGACUCCGGACCCGGAUAACAUGAUUUUGAUCCGAACCGCAAUGGAAAUUUAUGUCAAAUUCGGAAAAAUAUUUGGAAGGAGUCCGUUGCGCCAUCAAAUGCAACGAUUUGGCCGCCAUCAAAUCCAUUUUCAAGCUCGCUUCUGAUCCGUUAGUUUUCAUUAAAAAAAUAUUUUUAAAAAAAUAUAAGUUCACAGUUUCAUGUUGGAUUGAAGUUAGAAAUUAUUUUUAAAUAGGGAUUUUGUUAUUGGAAACGCUUUUAGAAGUCAUCUAAAGGUUACGAUUUUCAUUAGAAUCAGAAAAAAAGUUUGAUAAAUUUAUUUUAUUUGGGCUUUUUUUAAUGAUUCAGAAGUUUAUUUGUAAGAUGUAUCGAAAUGAAAUUGUAAAAACUAAGUUCAUUAAAAUGUAAAAAUCAAAAAAAUUUAGUUCAGAUCGUUUUUCGGUGCGUCUUUACCGUAGUUUAAAAAUUUUUUUAACUCGAAAUUAUAUUAAAUUUGAAGCUAAAAAAACAAAAAAAUUCUCAUGAAAAAUUUUUUUAUUUGAAGAUUCUUUCAUUAUUGCAGUUGGAAAAAAAUUAGAGAAUAAGAAGUUUGAAAAAAAGGUUUGAAAAAUUAAAAUGAACUUGAUUCUCGUUAUCGAACCUUUUUUAGAAAAAAAUUAAUAUAUAAAUAAAAUAAUAUCAAUUUUUUUAAUCAUUACUGCAUUUUGCAGACUUCUCCGCAAGCAAAUGGCCAUUUUGCUGGGCCGUCACCAGAUUUUCCUCGAGUACGACUCUUCGGACGCCGAUUAUAACGAUCUUACGGAGAUGAACUCAAACGCUCAUCUCUACGAAUAUUUCCACUCUUUGGCCCGAGAACUCGAUAUUAUGGAUGCGAAAACGCCUGACCAGAUCUACAAAACCCAUUUGGAGCACAGCCGUGAGCUUUUCAGAGGCUCAGGAAUUUCAAAAACUCCAGAAUUGAAGGCCCUUUCGGCAACUCUUCUGCCCCCGACUCGUCUCGCAUGAACUUGGCCGCAGCCCUUGUCAAUGGAUUCGUGAAUUGUGGCUUCGGAGUCGACAAAAUGAUGACUGAAACGGAUGACGCCAGCCGUUGGUUCUACAAAAACAAGGAUUACGGUAGCGAGAGUACUGUAGAGAAUCGGAAGGAUGAUAAAUAUUGAAGGAAUGCUGACGGCCGCCGCCUCACAAGGUCUCGUCUGGCGUUGGGACGUCGAUUCGGGACUGUCUCAGUGCGAUCGAUUCCUCUACGUCAAUGACGAUUUCAUCAAGGUUAUUUUUAAGGGAAAAAAAGAUGGAGAAUCGAUUUUAAAAAAAUUUUUUUGAUUAUGUUUUAGAAUUUUUUUCAAUUUAAUAAAUCGAUUGUAAUUGGCAUUUUCCAUAGGAAAAAAAGUAAUUUUUGAAUAAAAAUGGGUGCGUGUUUUUUACUUUACUCAUAAUAUUAAAAAUCCAGUUUCGCCGGAUUUUUCAAAAAUUUCAUUUUUGAAUUCAAGUUGUCUUGCUUCGGAAAACAUUGGAAGCAUUGAAAUUCAUGUAUUUUUUUGAAAUUACCGUUUCAAAUCUCUUUUUAAAAAGCUCCUGUAGAAAGUUUCGACACUCGACAAAACAGCUCUCCAAAAAAAUAGCCCUGAAAAAGACCACUAAUUUAAGUUUAUUAAACUUUAAAAAAAAAAAAACCGAAAAUUACCCGACUUUCCCUAGUUUCUAUUUAGAACUGAAAAAUUAAAUUCAAAAACGCUUUUUUUCAUUGAAAUUGUAUAUUUUGUUGAGGUUUCUGGCUGAAAGAACCCAAAAAAAGAACUAUUUUCCAGGCCGGCACCCUGUUGGCCAUCGGUAUCAUUUCUUCGGGAAUUCAAGAUCCUUGUGAUCCGGCCCUCGCUCUUCUUGAAGAUCAUAUCCACUCCGAUCGGUAUUCCAGUUCUUUUGAACGGAAAUAAAAUUGAUUUUUUUCAGCUUUAUCAUGAGAAUCGGAUCGGUUUUGGGCCUUGGAUUGGCCUACGCCAACUCGAAACGCGACACUGUUGUGAAGAACGAAGAGCGCGGUGUCAUUUUCGAGUUGAAAAAGGUAAAUAGAGUAGGGAGAAAGGAGAAAAAUGGGGUUCAUCAGAUUCUAUCAACAAGAAAAAACGAUUUCAAAGUCCUGCCUUUUAAGGAUAGUUUUUUAGCUCCUGGUUGGAAUUCUGAAUAAAGUUUGCUGGAGUGUGCUUUAUAACCUCCUGAUUUUUGAACCAGAAAUACAUUUUUGGAAUUUUUCCUUGUACACGAGUUUUGACUCCAAUAGUUUCGAAUUAAUUUUUUCUACGCUUUUUGGCUGUUUUUGGACUUUGAAGCUUCAUAAAAAUCUGAGAAAUUUUCUUCUUUUUGAUUGAUGAGGCUUUAGAGUACAAUUCGGCCAAAUUUCGUUUCGUUGCAAAAAAUGUUUAAAAAAAUAUAUAUUUUCCGAAAUUCCAUGACCUUUCCCUUUAUUUUUUUCCUAUCUCACAGGUCCUGGCGGACACCCGUCCUUCGGCGACGGCUGAGGUCAAAGGUCUGACGGGCCUGUCCCUCGGACUGAUCCUCGUCGGAACCGGCGACCACACGGCCGCCAUGGAGAUGCUCCAGACGCUGAUGGAACGCAGCGAGGCCGAACUCGCCGACCCCAACAUGCGGUUCUUGGCCCUCGGCAUCGCCCUGAUCUUCCUCGGCACCCAGGACAAGAGCGAAGUCUUUGUCGAGACCCUGAGAUCACUUCCCGAGCCUUUCGGACCCAUGGUGAGACUUUUUCAGGACUUUAGAGGCGUCUGAUUUGUGUCAUCUUGGACGGCAACCAGUAGAAAGAGCGCAUGAUAUGGGGAAAAAUAGUUUUUGUUAAAAAACUGAAAAAACACGGGUAGUAAAAUAUUCCAAGGGUUUUAUUUGAUCAAUAUAAUCAGUUAGAAUUCCAAUUUCGAAGUUUUUUUGGUUUUCGUAUCCUUUUUUUCGGAUCAUUUCCCUAGCUCAAAGGUUUUCAGAGAAUUUAAAAAGUUUAAUCCGCUUUUUUUCGCACUUUUUCAAAAUUUUUUUUGAGUUUGAACUUUGAAAAAUUUAUAAGAAAAAAAUUAAUCGAAGUUUUUUUCAUAAAUUUAUACAAAAAUCCACCUUUUUCUCAAUUUUCAUUAGGUUGCCUGAAAAAAAAACAUGAAAUCUCUCCAUAUUGCUAUUGCCCGUACACCUUCCAUGCCUGUGAUUCCACCAAUUUUGGUCCUCUUGCCCGCAGUUGUCACCUUGGCGCAGUCGGUAGCACAUUUUCCUCCCAACCUCAAGGUCCAAGGUUCGAUCCCCCGCAUUGAGGAUAAGAAGGCGGCCAACCACCGAUUGGUUGGUCGUUGAUACACCCCUCAGAAACGAGCGAAAAGUCGAUAGAACAGUUCCACGGAACUCGUGUUCGGUCGGUCUACUUAGUGCGACUAACAUUUUUCAAUUUUGAAAGCUAGAGAGUGUUGAGAGAAAAAAACUUCGCGUCCUCUCAUUUUUGAACGCUCUCUAGUUUUCGAAGAAGACGCAGUCUCAAUGAAGAAGUCAUUUUUAAAGUUUUUUUCGAAUCAAAGAAAGAAAAAAAAGAUUUAUCUUUCAGAUGGCCACGCUGCUUGACGUGUGCGCCUACGCUGGAACUGGCAACGUCCUGAAGAUCCAGAAGCUGCUCCACAUGUGCUCCGAACACUACGAAACCGCCGAGGAUCAGAAGAAGAAGACGAAACCGAAGAGAGAGCAGACCCCGCCGGCGAACCCCGUGCCGUCCGGAACGAACGCCGCGGCUGCCGCUGCCGCCACGGCCGCCCUCGGCAUGGAACCGAAGCCUGCCGAGCCGAAGAAAACCGGGGCCGACGCGCCGAAAGUCGACCUGUCCAGCCAGCAGGCCGUUGCCGUCCUCGGCAUCGGUCUGAUCGCCAUGGGAGAAGAAGUUGGAUCCCAGGUCUGGCGCUUUUUUAUUGAAGGGAGUGGAACAGUCGAAUAAAAAAAUUCCAUCUUUAGAAACAACUAUUUUCGUCUCAUUUUUCUGAAUUUUUUUGUUUCUUCCAGCUGAAGGCUUGUAAAGGUACUGAAUGAAUAGAGGUUCUGUGAGAAAGGAGACGUUUUUGAAAGUUUGAAAAAAUAAUUAUUUUUCUAUUUUUUUGUUUGCUUUGGGAGAAAUUUGCCGAGAUUUAAAUACUUGAGGUUUUUCUUUUAAAUUGUCCAGAAAUUGCAUUUUUUUUUUUCUCCUUUUUGAAAUUUUUUGCGUACUUUCAAGUAGAAGAAAGCUGAAAAAAACAUUUUGAAAGUCGUACUUCAAUAAUUUUUGUUUGAAAAAUGAAACUUCAGCUCUUUUCCUGCAGUUUAGCUGUUCAAGAAUGUUCCAUUUCAAUCAGAAAAUGAACUUUUCAACUUACCAAGAGUAAAUUUUCAGAUGGCCCUUCGUAUGUUCGGUCACCUGAUCCGAUAUGGAGAGCCUGUCAUCCGCAGGUAAAGAAAAUACUUAAAAAUAAUAGCUAGGAAUAAAUUACAGAGCCGUUCCGUUGGCUUUGGCCUUAUUGUCGGUGUCGAACCCGCAGUUGAACAUUUUGGAGACGCUCAGCAAGUUCUCCCAUGAUGCCGAUGCCGACACGGCUCAUAAUGCCAUUUUCGCCAUGGGAUUGGUCGGUUUUCGUUCUAGGGAAAGAUAUAUGAAUUUGCCUUGAUUCGAGAGGGACUAAAAGCGAAGUCUAAAACUUGACGUUGUUCAAUAUUUCAACAGUUAUUGUUGAGUUUGUUCAUUAUUAAAAAAUGGCUGUAUCGAUUUUUGUGUGUUUCAAGAUUGAUUUGACAGAAAAUUAUUCAAAAAAAAAAUUUUUUUUCCAUUUUUCUCCUUGGAAAAAUUAACUUACUGGUUAGAUUAGCAUUAGUUUUUGAAUCCGGCUUCUCGAUUUGAAUAGUUUCAACUGAAAGAAUUUCAUUACCUGAUCAUUAAGUGAAAAUUUGCGAUUUUUUCUCAGCUCAUUGAUCUAAAUUGUUUUUAGACACUUAAGAAAUUUUUCUACUUCUCGAAAAAUUAAAGUUGAGAUGUCUUCUUUUUUCGAGUGAGAAGGGUAAGAAGGUUUUAUCGGGGGCCGAAAACAUUCAUAUAGGGCGAAAUUGUGAUUUCUAGUUGGAUUUCUUAUCAGAAUAAAGCUGUAUAGAUACCUUGUUAAAAUUAAUUUUUCGAACACUGAAAUUAUCACUGAUUUUCUCAAAUUCAAUAAUUUUUCACUCGCUUCCCAGUUUUGAGCCUCGGGAAACCACUUCAACACGGCAGGAAAAUUUCCAAUAGCUGCCUUUUCCAAGGAAGUCGCUCUUAAACGGCCUAUAACUUGGCAUCUUCCCGCUUCUUUCCGAUUUUUCUUUACCCUUUUAUAUAAUAUAAUUUAUUUACAGGCAGAACGAAAUAACAUGUACAAAAAAAGAAGGGAAGAUUGGCAUAAAAGCCUGAAAUAAAUAAAUAAAAGGCACUUGAGGCCCUCACGAGCCUCUGAGCCAGUAUUGAAAGAUGAUAAGGUCAGACCCUUCAUCUGAGAGAUUCUCUCUAAAGUCGUUUAUACUCUAACUGUACUUAUUUUGAGUAUUUCUACAUAGAAUUCCAAUUUACAGGUCGGAGCAGGUACAAACAAUGCUCGAUUGGUGGCGAUGCUCCGCCAAUUGGCCAGCUACCAUCACAAGGACCAGGUCUCCCUGAUGUUGGUCCGAAUCGCCCAAGGCCUGACCCACAUGGGCAAAGGAACCAUGACCCUGAACCCGUGGCAUUCGGAUCGCCAGCUCCUUUCGCCCAGCGCCGUCGCCUCCCUCCUCACCAUCUGCUUCGCCUUCUUGGACGCCAAUAAUUCGGUAUUUCACCUCAAGACUCCCUGAUCAUCUGGUGGUUUUGUAGAUCUUGAACAACCGACAGCACUAUCUCAUGUACACUUUGGUCCUGGCCAUGCAGCCGAGAAUGCUCGUCACCUUGGUUGAGGAUGAGCUCAAGCCUGGCAACUUGAAGCAGGUUUGAGCAGGCAGAAAAAUUUUGAAAAGAUGGUUUUUUCAAAAUUGAGUCUUAAGUAUUUUUCUAUCGGUUUUUCAAGUAGAAGCUUUGAGAAGGCUGAAAAAGUAACUGUUUUUGUUAGAGAAUUCAACUUCAGCACAAGUCGUAACUUGAAAUCGGAAUAUUCUGUAGGUUUUUCUUUUUUCAACGAGCUGCAGGUCGUCCUUAACCGGAGUUCCCGUUAGAAUCGAAACUUUGAAUCCUGCCUAAAUGUUUUAGGAUCAGAUUGUAUUAAUUAUCACAAAAUUACUUGUUUCUUGUUGUAAAGCCUUUUCGUGUCUUUCAUAGAAAACCUGAGACCAUAAAAUAACGGAAAUAUUUAGUGCGGGGCUUGGAAUUUUCUACGAGAAGGAGAUAAUGAUUUUGAAAAGUUGGUUCAAACUUAUUGAAAAGUUGGUUUAAACUUAUUGCGAGGUAAUUCAGAGGUUUCAGAUGAGAUUUUUGAAAAUUUAAUCGAUGAUUUGACAAACGCCUGACUUAGUUUUACGUACAGAUGAUUCAAAAAUGAUCUUAAGGUUGGCGUGUCGGUUCGCGUAGGACAGGCGGUGGACGUCGUGGCGCAGGCGGGAAAGCCGAAGACCAUCACCGGCUUCCAGACUCACACAACUCCCGUUUUGUUGGCCCACGGAGAACGUGCCGAACUCGCCAAUGAUGAAUGUGAGUUUGGGAUCUAGGAAACGCUAUUUGAACCUUUUUUUAUAAGUUUCAUAAUGUUUCUGGGUAGAUUAUAUGCAGAAAUCUCAAAACUCGAAUCUGGUUUUCAAAGAACUUUUGGCUUGACAAAUUUAAGGGCAAAAAAUUUCAGUUUUUUAUUUCAGAUAGUACAAAAAAGUUGGGUGCCAAAAAUAUUCAAUUUCCAAAAAUAUUCAAAAACAAAAAUGAAGGAUAAAAAUUAAGCCCGAAAAUUGUAAUCUAGAGAGCAUGAAACGUUGAGAUAGUCCCAAACACGAAAGAGAUUGUUUUUCGUCUAGUGUCUCAACUUUUUCCAUACUCUCUAGUAAUAUGAUCUUUUUGAAAAAUUUUUAGUGAAUUACUUUCAAGAAUAGAUUUCAUUAUUAUUCAUUUUUUACAGAUCUGUCUAUGACGCCUUAUUUGGAAGGCUUGGUGAUCCUAAAAAAGAAUCCCGACUACACUCCUCACGUCGUUACCACUAAAAAAUAA